GGCAACUUGUAUCAUACAUUCAUACCCAGUAAAAACUCUUCGUACUGAGUGAAGCCGGAGUAGACUACCAUGGCAACUCCCGCCUUCAUCGCGAACAAGUACUUCAUUUUAGUUUGUGUAUUUGUAUGCCUUGAUAUUCUCUCAUCUUUGGACAAGGGCUUCGCUUUGCGCUUGACAGAAACACCAGCAGAUACAACGAAAACCCACCUUCUUCAACUCAACUCUCUACUACCAGCAUCAACCUGCAGCCCCUCCACCAGAGGCCAUGAUAGGAAGAAGGCGUCACUCGAAGUUGUGCACAGGCAUGGUCCAUGCUCUAAGCGUAACCAGCACAAAACGCAAACUCCGACUCCAACUCCAACUCACACUGAGAUCCUCCAGCAGGACCAAGCCCGAGUCAACUCGAUUCACGCCCGUGUUUCUCCUAAAAAGGGUGACGACGACCUACAGCAGUCCGACACGUCCAUUCCCGCCAAGUCCGGCAGCGUAGUGGGCUCAGGCAACUACAUUGUGACAGUGGGCUUGGGAUCACCCGCAAAACAACUCUCGCUCAUAUUCGACACCGGGAGCGACCUCACUUGGACUCAGUGUCAGCCUUGUGUGAAGUCUUGUUACAAACAGAAGGAGCCCAUCUUUGACCCAUCCCUCUCCAAAUCCUAUGCCAACAUUUCCUGUAAUUCGCCGGUCUGCUCUCAACUCAUAUCAGCCACAGGUAAUACACCCGGUUGCUCAAGCGGCACAUCAACAUGCAUAUACGGCAUACAAUACGGAGAUCAAUCCUUCUCGGUUGGAUACUUCGGCAAAGAAAGGUUGACAUUAACGUCGACGGACGUUUUCGAUGGGUUUCUCUUCGGCUGUGGCCAAAACAAUCAAGGCCUUUUCGGCGGGUCUGCCGGGUUAUUGGGCCUGGGCCGCAACAAAAUCUCCCUCGUCGAACAGAGCGCUCCAAAGUAUGGCCGCUACUUCUCCUACUGCCUGCCCUCCACUUCCAGCUCCACCGGUUACCUCAGCUUCGGAAGAGGCGGCGGAGGAUCCUCUUCCGCAGUCAAGUUCACGCCGCUCUCCACUGUAUCUCAAGGUGGGUCCUUUUACGGCCUCAGUGUCGUCGGGAUCAGCGUUGGGGGACGUCAGUUAUCCAUUCCCGCUUCAGUUUUUUCGUCCUCAGGGACGAUCAUCGACUCAGGCACCGUCAUAACGCGGCUUCCGGCAACGGCGUACAGCGCUUUGAGGGAUGCGUUUCGGCAAGGAAUGAAAAGCUAUCCGCAAGCGGAGGCGCUCUCGAUACUGGACACUUGCUACGACCUGAGCGGGAGCAAAACGGUGUCGUACCCCAAAAUAGCGUUCGCUUUUGGUGGUGGGGUGACGUUGGAUUUGGAUGCGACGGGCAUACUGUACGUGGCGAGUGUUUCACAGGUGUGCUUGGCGUUCGCCGGGAAUAGUGAUGACAGCGACAUUGCCAUCUUUGGGAAUGUUCAACAGAAACGAUUGCAGGUGGUGUAUGACGUGGCUGGUGGAAAGGUCGGAUUUGCCCCUGCUGGUUGCCCCUGAAUGGUCUUUUGGCUGGCCAGCUACAUACAUUGUUGAUUGAAAGAUAUCCAGAAAAACAAGUUGUACAUAAAUAAGAUAUUUACUAUAAUAUGUCUCCAACGAUGUUUUGUUUUGGGCUUGGAUGCUGUUGUUCAUUAUUGGGCCCUUUCACCACCUAGAUAUUCCCACACAAGUUGUCAUUAUCGAUAUAGUUAUAUAUGUAACAAAUUAUCAGGUUAUGUGAAAUUAGCAGCUGUGUAUAUCAAGUUGAUAGUCCAUGUAUUAAGAAAAUUUUCUCAAACAAUAUGGAAUCUCAGGUUUUGUAA